UAGAGGAACAUGAAGCGCAAUGGGAGCAGAAACUGCUUGAACAGGAGGAGUCGGUUUGGCUCCCGUGAGAGAGACUGGCUGAAAGAGGAUGUUGGGCGAGGCUGUGUAUACAUUUAUGGAGCAGACUCUGCAACUGCGACCUCUUCUGACCUGCACUUGGUCCUUUGUACAGUGGAUACCCUGGCAUCUGAGAUCUGUGAUGGAGAGGGUAGGGAGAACCUCUAUUUGCAGCUCCAUGGAGACCUGGUCAGGAGGCUGGAGCCCACAGAGAAACCCCUUCAGAUUGUGUACGAGUACUUGGCUGGGCUCGGCUUUGAGGAUCUUGUGAGAAUACAGGAAGAGGCAGCAAACUCUGACCUCAGCUGCAUGAUUCGCUUUUACAAUGAAAAGCCAUGUCAAGUGGAGCAACUAGACCGAAUCCUUCUGUCUGGGGUCUAUAAUGUGCGCAAAGGGAAGACGCAGUUGCACAAGUGGGCAGAACGCUUGGUCAUUCUCUGUGGCACCUGCCUCAUCAUAUCCUCCGUGAAGGAUUGCCAUACAGGAAAGAUGCACAUUCUGCCUCUUGUCGGAGGGAAGGUGGAAGAAGUGAAGCGUCGGCAGCACUCGCUUGCUUUCAGCUCUGCUGGUGCACAAGCUCAAACCUACCAUGUUUGCUUUGAAACGCUGGCAGAGUACCAGAGAUGGCACCGGCAGGCAUCCACGGUGGUGUCUCAGCGACUCAGCACAGUUGAUCUGUCUUGUUAUAGCCUUGAGGAGGUACCUGAGCAUCUCUUCUACAGUCAAGACAUCACCUACCUCAACCUGCGACACAACUUUAUGCGACUGGAUGGAUCAGGGGGUCUUGACUCUCUUUGCAGGUUCUCUCAGCUGAAGGGCCUGAACCUGUCCCAUAAUAUGCUGGGGAAGCUUCCUAUAUUACUGUGUGAGAUCUCCAAUCUGACUGAACUCAACAUUUCCUGUAAUGGGCUUCAUCACCUGCCAAGCCAGAUUGGCAACCUGUUCAAUCUCCAGACCUUAUGUCUUGAUGGGAAUUUCCUCACAUCUUUGCCAGAAGAGCUGGGACACCUGCAGCAGCUCUGCUCCCUCGGGCUUUCCUUCAACAACUUCAGUGAGGUGCCAGUGGUCUGUGAGAAACUCACUGCCUUGGACAAACUGGCCAUGGCAGGGAACCAGCUGGAAACCCUGAACCUUGGGGUGCUGAACAGGAUGAGCCACAUCAGAUGUGUGGAUCUUAGGCUGAACCACCUGAGGAGAUUAUCUGUUGACAGCCUGGAGGGGAACAAAUCUGUGACCCACAUGGAUUUGCGAGACAAUCAGCUGACUGACCUGGAUCUGAGCUUUCUUGGCAGUCUGGAGCAGCUGCACUGUGAGCGGAAUCAGCUGAGGGAACUGACUCUGAGUGGCUUCUCCCUUCGGGCCCUCUAUGCCAACGCCAACUGUCUGAUGACCGUAAAUGUUUAUCCAGUCCCUAGUCUGCUGACCUGCCUAGAAAUCUCCCGUAACCAGCUGCUGUGUAUCCCUGACUGGGCCUGCGAAGCAAAGAAACUUGAGGUUUUGGAUAUGAGCUACAAUCUCCUCACAGAGCUUCCAUCAAGGACCCUGAGUAGUUUGAGUCUUCGGAAGUUGAUGGUGGGGCACAACCACGUGCAGAGCCUUCCACCUCUGCUGGAACACAUUCCCCUGGAGGUGCUGGACCUCCAGCAUAACCUGAUCACUAAACUCCCGGAGAUGUUCUUCUUCAAGGCUCUGAAUCUCAGGUACCUGAAUGUAUCUGCCAACAGUCUGGAGUCCUUGCCUGGGGAAGAGAGUCUCAGCGCGCUGCAGCUACUUUACUUGACCAAUAAUAACCUCACAGAUCAGUGCAUCCCUGACUUGGUGGGACACCCAAACUUACGGGUCCUGCACCUGGCAAACAACCAACUGCAAACCUUCCCUGCAAGCAAACUGAGCAAACUGGAGCAACUGGAAGAGCUGAACCUGAGUGGCAACAAGCUGAAGACGAUUCCUACAACGAUCGCAAACUGCAAGCAGCUGCACACACUUAUUGCACACUCAAAUGAGAUCAGUAUCUUCCCAGAGAUCCUGCACCUACCUCGUAUUCAGUUUGUAGACUUGAGCUGUAAUGAACUAAUAGAAAUCAUGAUCCCUGAGGUGCUGCCAGCUACCUUGCAGGAGCUGGACCUGACUGGAAACACGAACCUGGUGCUAGAACACAAGACCCUGGACAUCUUCAGUCACAUUGCCACCCUGAAGAUUGAUGCCAAGCCCUCCCUCACGGCAGACUCAGCACUCUCCUCUACGCUCUGGAAUCAUGGGUUAGCCGAGAUGGCUGGCCAGAGGAAUAAGCUCUGUGUGUCGGCCCUGGCUCUGGGGAGCUUUGCAGACAGUGUGGAAGCUGUGUACGGCAUGUUCGACGGUGACAAGAAUGAGGAGCUGCCCCGUCUCCUGCAAUGCACUAUGGCAGACGUGCUACUGGAGGAGGUGCAGCAGUCGAACAUAGACUCUGUGUUCAUGUCUAACACCUUCCUGGUCUCCCACAGGAAGCUGGGGAUGGCUGGCCAGAAGCUGGGCUCCUCUGCUGUCCUCUGCUAUAUUCGACAUGAUGCUACUGAUCUGGCUGGCAGCUUCACUCUGACAUUGGCCAAUGUGGGCACAUGCCAAGCCAUUCUGUGCCGCAGUGGAAAACCCCUGCCCCUUUCCAAAGUCUUUAGCCUGGAACAAUAUCCUGAGGAGGCCAGGAGAGUCAAGGAGCAAAAAGCCAUCAUAACAGAGGACAACAAGGUUAAUGGUGUAACCUGCUGUACUCGGAUGCUAGGCUGCACAUACUUGCAUCCUUGGAUCCUGCCCAAGCCUCACGUCUACUCCAUUCCUCUGACUGUGCAGGAUGAGAUGCUCCUACUGGGGAACAAAGCCCUCUGGGAACACCUCUCUUAUACAGAGGCUGUCAUGGCUGUACGCCACCUGCAUGACCCACUGGCUGCUGCAAAGAAGGUCUGCACUUUAGCCCAAAGCUAUGGCUGCCAAGACAAUGUGGGAGCAAUGGUGGUGUGUUUGAACAUUGGUGAGGACAGCUGCACAUGUGAGAUGCACGGCCACACCUUGCCGGGCCCUGGGGGGGUUAUUUCCACUGCCAAACCAGCAACACCUUCCUCAAGUAGUGGAAUUGCCUCAGAGUUCAGCAGUGAGCUGUCAGCCUCAGAAGUUAGCAGUGAGGUGGGAUCCACUGCAUCCGAUGAACACAGUGGUGCUGGUCUGGAUGCAGGGUUGGUGCCUCGACCCGAGCGACGCUGCAGCCUCCAUCCUGUGCCCCCCUCCAGCAUCUUUCAGCGCCAACCUUCCUGUGCCACAUUCUCUAGUAAUCAGUCUGACAAUGGGCUGGACAGUGAUGAUGAGCAGCCUGUGGAGGGUGUGAUGACGAAUGGCAGCAAAGUGGAGGUGGAAGUGGACAUCCACUGCUGUAAAGGAAAAAGCCUGGAGCCUGUGCCUCCUGGUGCUGAGGAGGGAUCUCCUGCUGCAGGCUCAGAGGAUGACUCUGGGGGGCUCUUCUUCAGGAUUCGGAGACAGAACAGCAUGAACAGCAACAUCCUCCUGGCAGGAACCAAGGAGAGGUGCGAGUUGCAGAAGUCUCCUUCCACAUGCUGUCUCUAUGGGAAGAAGCUUUCCAAUGGCUCCAUAGUGCCUCUGGAGGAGAGCCUCAACCUUAUUGAGGUAGCCACAGAGGUGCCGAAGAAGAAAACAGGUUAUUUUGCUGCUCCUACCCAGCUGGAGCCAGAGGAUCGAUUUGUUGUGCCCCCUGACCUGGAAGAGGAAGUGAAGGAACAAAUUAAGCAGCACCAUGAGAGUGGUGCAGAGCAGGAGCCCAAUGAGAAGGCUGCAAUGGCUCCUCCAGAUGAGUUUGACACAGCUUUGUAA